CAAUUCACUAAACUCAAAAUUAUAAAAACAAGUUUAAAAUAAAAAAAAAUACACUUAAUAAAGGGAGAAUUAAAAUUAACUCUUAUAUUACUAAAUAGAAAUGAAAUUCAUAACACUGGGACUACUUUUAUUGUGUGGGGCGCCGCUGACUGCCCCCAGAGCACCCAACAAGCCCGGGCUGCGGUUGAAGCCUCAGAGUAAAGACUGGAUGCGCAAGGAGAUCAGCGCAAUCAUCCACAUGACCGUGGAUUUUGUCAAAGAUAUGGAUAUGAAAAUGCCCGAGGUCCGCCGCAUUGAGCGCUUCUACUACAACAGUUUUGACUUUGGCGCCGGGCGCCUACACACCGCUAUGGAGAACAAGUUAGACCACAUGUGCUCGCUGUACAGAAAUACCUCGCAGGUUCCUUACAUUAUAGAGAAGGAGCGGGAUCUGCGGUCGGAGGUCGUCGGAAUGCUGCAGUUUAUGUUGAGCGACUACAACGAGCUGCAGUCACUGGUAGACCUGUUCAAGGAGCGCGUCAGGCACUGGAGGCAGAUGUCGAAGCGCUUUCUGGAUCACGAUACCAUUAAAACGUACCUGAUUUCCCAAAAAGUUCUCCCUUCCAAAUCGGGCAAGAAGAAGGACGAACGGCGCUAAUUUUGGUUUAUUCGAAGCAUAUACAAAUACAAAUCCUCUUUUCACAUCACCUUUUCGAAAAAGGUCUUUUCCUUCCACCUCCUUAGGGAUCAAAGUGGCACUUUUCUUCCCUGCUAGGAGGGAUCAAAGUUGUACUUUUCUGUUGUAGGACACGAUUUUUUCUUUCUUGCAUACUAUUUUUUUACUCAGAUAAUACAUAUUUUGGAACAUAACAAUUUUCUCAUAGUUGAUGUGACAAACAGUCUCGGGCGUUAACACUUGAAUACCUCAUUACGCUCAGGAUUCUACUUUAGAAUCCAUCGCUUCAUUCAGGAUUCAAUGUACUCCCUUGACGGAAAUAUAUCAUUUUGAUCCCUUAUAACACAAACUACUAUUGUGUUACAAGGGAUCAAAAUUGUUAUAUCAUCGCUUCAUUCAGGAUUCAAUGUACGCCCUUGACGGGAAAUAUAUCAUUCUGAUCCCUUGUAACACAAACUACUAUUGUGGAGAUUCUAAAGUAGAAUCCUGAGCGUAAUGAGGGAUUCAAGUGUUAACGCCCAAGACGAAAUAAUUUUGAUACCGUGUGACACAUACUGCUGGUCACAUCAACUAUGAGGAAAUGUUAUGUUCCAAAAUAUGUAUUAUUUGACAAAAUAAAAAUAGUAUGCAAGAAAGAAAAAAUCGUGUCCCAGAACAGUGAAGUACAACUUUGAUCCCUCCUACUAGGGAAGAAAAGUGCCACUUUGAUCCCUCCUAGCGGGGAAGAAAAAGUCCUUUUUCGAAUAGGUGAUGUGAAAACUACUAUUAUUGCACAACCUCAAAACACUUUCUACAAAAUAAUAUUCAUUACCCUGUAUCACUGUUACAAACAUCAAGGGAAUUAAUACCAGUAUUAAUUCCCUUGAUAGCUGCUAAAAUGCUUUUGGCUGAUAGCUGUGCUAAAAUCGUUUUGGUUGCAACAU